CGCAUCAAAGAGAGGCGGUUUAGAGAGAUUUAUAUUUUGUACAUUCCAGGCCCGGCCUAUCGUAGAAGCAUUCUCACAAUCUAAAGGUUUCUGCAAUAUCUUGAUUGUUGGAGCUGGUGGCCUCGGUCUUUGGCUCUUGAAAUUAGCUAAGCAUUUUCUCGUGGCGGGGCAUGACAGAAAAAUCCGUAUGAUGGUUGCUGACGCAAAAGAAGAACGACUUUGCUUGGCUGAAAGGAAUGGAGCUGACUUUGUUGUGCAUUGGGAUGAUUCCGUGAAGCAAGGUCGUCGACUUGUAAUGCUUGAACUUGAUUCUGAUAAUCAGUUGGUCGGUUAUUAUUCAAAUUUGCAAGAUCUUUGA